CAGAAGAGCUUCUUGUUCCUACAGGUUAUAGAGCCAGAAGGAGGAUUUUAGUCACAUAACUCUGCGUUUUUUGGCGUUCUUAGAUUUUUAAAAUAAAAAAACAAAGAAACAAAGAGAUCGAAGAACUUGUGGCCAAAAACGUAGUUAAAGGAGCAUCUUCAUCAGUCUUCCUCACCUCUGCAACACUAUUUCAUUUCCAUGGAAGUCCCACCAACCGCCACCUGCCACGUGGUAGCCUUGCCCUUCCCUGGUCGAGGACACGUCAACCCCCUCCUCAAUUUCUGUGACUUGCUUCUCUCCAACAAUCCCGACAUCCUCGUCACCAUCGUCCUCACUGAAGAAUGGCUCGGCUUCAUCGGCUCACAAGCCCAGCCCCGUAGUUUCCGGUUCAGCACUAUACCCAACGUCAUCCCCUCCGAGGUGGACCGCGCAGCCGACCGUUUCGGCUUCAUAACAGCAGUCAUGACAAAGAUGGAAGCUCCGUUUGAGCAGCUCCUCGAUCGGCUUGAGCCGCCGCCUACACUUCUCAUAUAUGACGCUUGUCUCUAUUGGGCCGUUGAAGUCGGAAAUCGGAGGAAUAUGGCAGUUGCGUCGUUUUGGCCGAUGUCUGCGUCGUAUCUCUCUCUCAUCAAACAUCUUCAUCUCUUCGAGCAACAUGGACAUUAUCCCAUCAAUGCAUUAGAAGUGGGAGACAAACGUGUGGAUUAUGUUCCUGGAAUUUCCUCAACUCGUUUGGCGGAUUUCCCUCUUAUUGAUGGAAGCCUUCCCAGACAGAGAAUUUUGCAAUGGCGGCUAAACCUCCUUUCUUCUAUGUCUAAAUCACAGUAUCUAUUAUUCCCUACAACCUACGACCUUGAACCUCUAGCCAUUCAUGUCCUAAAAUCUUCAUUCACUUUGCCCAUUUACCUUAUUGGCCCUGCAAUCCCAUAUCCAAACCUCUCUUCUUCUUCAACCUCUGAUAACCACACUGAAAAAGCCUACUUUCAAUGGCUGGACAAGCAACCUUCUUGCUCUGUCCUGUACAUCUCACAAGGAAGCUUCCUCUCAGUUUCACAAGCUCAGAUUGACGAAAUCGCAGCAGGUUUACGCUUAAGCGGAGUUCGAUUCCUUUGGGUAGCACGAAAAGAGACUCAUAAGCUAAGAGAGAUUUGUGGAGAUAAGGGUUUAGUUAUAGAAUGGUGUGAGCAAUUUAGAGUGUUACUGCAUGAUGCUAUAGGUGGUUUCUGGUCUCACUGUGGCUGGAACUCUACUAAAGAAGGUGUUUUUGCCGGCGUUCCUUUCCUUACUGUUCCAAUAAUGGGGGAUCAACAUCUCAAUUCUAAGAUGAUAAUGGAGGAUUGGAAGGUUGGGUGGCGAGUGAGGAAAGAUUUUGAUCCUCAAAGAUUGAUAAGCAGAGAGGAGAUUUCUGGGUUGUUGCAGAAGUUUAUGGAUUUGGAUGAUGAAGGAGGAAAAGAAAUGAGAAAGAGAGCCAAAGAUCUUCAACGUGUAUAUCAGCUUUCAAUAGCAAAUGGUGGCUCUUCUCAAACUAAUAUCAAUGCCUUCAUCAGAGAUAUCACCAAGAGAGGCUAGCAAAUACAAAGACAAACAUGAAGCAUACAUGUGCGUUGCUGAUAUAUGUUUAAUAUACUGGCCAAUAUAUGCACGGUCACUUGUUAUUAAUAUUAGUUUGAAAAAUGAUGUGGAGGUUUCAACAGUUAUCUUCCUGCAAUAUAAUAUUUAUGUUCCAGAUCUCUUGUUCUUUUACAUUUGACCGUGGGAUGCGUUACUCCAUAAAGAUAC